GCGGUCACGUCACCACAAACACGCGCACAGAGGAGGCAGUGUAUGCAGAGCAGCGGAGACUCCCAAGGUGCCAAACACACACGCACACACUCACAAACUCACACUCACUUUCCUCCGCCUCCUUAGUCUGGAGGAGGAACGACGGAGCGAGAAGGAGCCGAAAACAUCCCGGAACAUUUGGAAACAUCGAAACAGGGAAGUUGCGGAGCGCGUGAGCAGCAGCAUGUUCAGCUGGGUGAAACAGGAGCAAGGUGGACGCAACAAGGACGGAGAGAUGUACCAGACGGUGACGGAGGGGCUGCAGAGCCUCUACCUGAAGAAGCUGCUGCCGCUGGAGGAGACCUACCUCUUCCAUGACUUCCACUCUCCGGCCCUGGAGGCCGCCGACUUCCAGAGCAAGCCCAUGGUGUUGCUGGUAGGCCAGUACUCCACCGGGAAGACCACCUUCAUCAGGUACCUGUUGGAGCAGGAUUUCCCAGGUAUGCGUAUCGGUCCUGAGCCGACCACCGACGGCUUCAUCGCCGUGAUGUACGGUGAGAACGAGGGCAUCAUCCCCGGUAAUGCUCUGGUGGUCGACCCCAAGAAGCCGUUUAGGAAGCUCAACGCGUUCGGAAACUCCUUCCUCAACAGGUUCCUCUGCACCCACGUAACUAAUUCAGUUUUAGACUCCAAUAGUGUCCUCGAUGACCCUCAACUUUAUUCUGAAAGGAUGAACUUCCUGUCUGCAGGUUAUGACUUUGCAGAGGUGCUGCGUUGGUUCGGGGAGCGUGUGGAUCGGAUCAUUCUGCUGUUCGACGCUCACAAACUGGACAUUUCAGAUGAGUUCUCCGAAGCCAUCCGAGCCUUCAAAGGACAAGACGACAAGAUCCGAGUCGUCCUCAACAAGGCCGACCAGGUGGACACGCAGCAGCUGAUGAGGGUAUACGGCGCCCUCAUGUGGUCACUGGGGAAAGUGAUCAACACUCCAGAGGUGGUGAGAGUCUAUCUGGGAUCCUUCUGGGGCAAACCGCUGCAGAACUCUGAGAACAGGCGUCUGUUUGAGGCGGAGUCUCAGGACCUGUUCAAAGACAUCCAGAGCCUCCCGAGAAACGCAGCGCUCCGUAAGCUCAACGACCUGAUCAAGAGAGCGAGGCUGGCCAAGGUGCACGCUUACAUCAUCAGCUACCUGAAGAAGGAGAUGCCGUCUCUGUUUGGAAGAGAGAAGAAGAAGGAGGAGCUUAUCUCCAGGCUGCCUGAGAUCUACUGCAUCCUUCAGAGGGAGCAUCACAUCAGCCCCGGCGACUUCCCCAACGUCACCAAGAUGCAGGACAUGUUGCAGCACUACGACUUCAACAAGUUCCCGUCCCUGAAGAUAAAGCUGGUCGAGUCGGUGGACAAGAUGUUGGCCACCAAGAUCGCCAGCCUGAUGUCGAUGAUCCGCGAGGAGGAGUCCAAGGCGCCGCCGGCUAUGGUGUCCGGCGGUGCCUUCGAGGGCUCCCAGGAAGGGCCCUUCGGUCAGGGCUACGGCGAGGGCAUCAGCGCCGGGGCGGACGCCGAGGACUGGAUUGUCAGCCGCGAGAAGCACCGCUACGACGAGAUCUUCUAUAUGCUGAUGCCCAUCAACGGCAAGAUUACCGGCGUCAAUGCCAAGAAGGAGAUGAUGAACUCGCGGCUGCCCAACACCGUGCUGGGGAAGAUCUGGAAGCUGGCCGACUGUGACCGCGACGGCAUGCUGGAUGACGAGGAGUUCGCGCUCGCCCAGCACCUCAUCAAGGUGAAGCUGGAGGGCUACGAGCUGCCCGGAGAGCUGCCCGAACACCUGGUGCCCCCAGCCCACCGCAAGAACCCCACCGACGCCGAUGAAAACAACACCCUGUACAACCACAGCGAGGACUAGAGCGCCAACGGGGGGGAGGGGGGGACACUGACCGAGUGUACAAAACCACCUGAUGUUCAGACUCACUGGAGAACCAAUCAGCCAACUGACGGACGGUCAAAGAUUUAGGAUUUACUCGCCACCGACACGGAUCAUAUAUAUAUAUAUCUAUAUAUAUAUAUAGAUAUAGAUAUAGAUAUGUAUCUACAAAUUCAAUUCACCAAAGAAGAAAAACACUCCUGCUUUAAUCUGGACGCUUUUAUUUUGAAAGAGGACACUGUUGUAAGGACAUUUCAACUUCCUGUCUUAAUUUUUUCCGUCAUAUUCCCCUGAAUGUCUCAAUGGGUACUUCUCAAGUCUCUUGAUUGUCGUUUCCUCGCUUCUCGAUCCUCGCUUGAACCGGAAGUUGUUUCUGCG